CUCCUCCCGGAGACCGCGCCGAGGAGUCGCCGCCCCGGCCCCGCCGCCGGGACAGUACCCCGAGGCCGCGGCCGCAGCGCCGAGUUCUCCCGCAGUCUGUCCGGAGCAUGGGGUGCUGACAGCCAUGGAGGGCUACCGGGGCUUCCUGGGGCUGCUGGUGUCCGCGCUGCUCGUGGGCUUCCUGUCGGUGAUCUUCGUGCUCGUCUGGGUCCUGCACUACCGAGAGGGGCUUGGCUGGGACGGCGGCGCGCUCGAGUUUAACUGGCACCCGGUGCUCGCGGUGACCGGCUUCGUCUUCAUCCAGGGCAUCGCCAUCAUCGUGUACAGAUUGCCAUGGACCUGGAAGUGCAGCAAGUUCCUGAUGAAGUCCAUCCAUGCGGGGUUAAACGCUGUGGCUGCCGUCCUCGCCAUCAUCUCCGUAGUGGCCGUGUUUGAUUACCACAAUGUCCGAAGUAUCCCCCAUAUGUACAGUCUGCACAGCUGGGUUGGACUGACGGCUGUCAUACUCUAUGUCCAACAGCUUGUCCUAGGCUUUUUGAUCUUUCUGCUUCCAUGGGCUCCGCUGUCUCUCCGGGCCGUCGUCAUGCCCAUACAUGUAUAUUCUGGACUUCUCCUCUUCGGAACAGUGAUUGCUACAGUCCUCAUGGGAGUGACAGAGAAGCUGUUUUUUGUCCUGAAAAAUCCUUCAUACCAUUCAUUCCCACCAGAGGGUGUUUUCACAAAUACCCUGGGCCUUCUGAUUCUGGUAUUUGGAGCCCUCAUCUUCUGGAUUGUCACCAGACCACAGUGGAAACGUCCCAGAGAACCCGGCUCUAUCCUUCUUCAGCCAAAUGGAGGCGCAGAGGGAAUGCAAGGCGCCAUGGCAAUAAGCUCCAGCCACAGCCCAGACUCAGCAGAAGCAGAGUUAAGCACCGAGGGGGCAGCCAGGAAAAGAACCCUUGGCAGCCUUGAUGAUGCUGGCCAGAGAUCCACCAUGUGACAUGGACAGCCAUGUUAACUUCUCUUCCAAAGUCAGACCUACCAUUCAGCUUCUCCUGCCUAGUCAUAGGCAAUUUGGGUUCAUAGUGCCAAUAUAUAUUGUGGUCACCAGGGAGGAUUUCCUGAGAGCGAUUAUAUUGUGAGGCCUGUGAGCUUGCCAAAUGUAAAAGGACAUGAUCAAUGUAAGUUGUGAUUGUUUCCUUUGUAUUCUUGAGCACCCGAGCAUUGGAUGCACCUGCCAGCGGCUUGUUUGCUGAGCUCACCCUUGGCCUCUGGCUAUGCCCCAUUAAUUCAGCAAUUUCAGAACGAGGUAGAACCAGUCCUAACUUUUAAAAUAAGAUCACAAAUACCUGGAACAAUGUUUGGAUCCUUAUGCCACACAACUGUUGUGAGUAAAACUUGUGGGGGGGAGCGGCACUUUAGGAAAAUAAUUAGUUCCCUUUUCCUCAUGGUGGCCUCUGAUCCCUCUCCAGCUAAUUAGGGCUCACCUGGGCCCUGAACAUGAGUGUAUUCAUGAGGGUGUUUUGGAGCAGUUGCUGGGUCAAAGACAGCUAAAGAGAUCUCUGGUGAGACCUGGAAGAUUUUCUUACACACAGCCCAGUGCCUAGACUCCCAGGAGCUGGUUACUUCACAGUUCAGCUGAACUUCAAGCAAUGCAAACACGCCUGUGCUCAAGCUUUGCAUCCACACACCGUGACGAACACUUUCUAUCAAGUUUCUGUUUUAUUUUCCAAAGUGCUGCCCUGGCUCUUACUAUGUGCCAGCACUCUCCUACUAGGCACUUUACAAAUAAACUAGCUCCUUCAGUCUCCAGACAGACGCUGUAGACAGGUACUGUUACUAGCCCCGUUUUUAAGUGAGAGAUCUGAAGCUUGGAAAGGUUAGUAACUUGGCCCAACAUCACAUAACUCUUAAGCUGAUGGAACUGACAUUCAGAUCCCAGCAGUCUGGCUCCCCUGUCUGUGAUCCUACAUUUCACUAUGCUCCUUUCCCAUUUAUACUUCUUGGCAGCACUGUGCUCCACCCCUGAAUAAAGCCGCUGAGUGGAGUUGUUACAGGACGCUGCCUUGCCCUUGGUCCUCUUCCAAGGGGACCCUUUACAGGGUGGGAAAGGCGCCAUAAAGUCUUAUAUGAAGACCUUGGGGCCUCAGCCACUGCCAGCAAGCCAAAGCCUGCCUCGAUGUCCUUUUAAUCUUAACAGAGCAUCUAUCUGUCUUGCUGAUAAGAAGAUCUGGGCUAGGACAGGCACAGCCUUCAACAUUGAGUGUUCGUUCCUCACAGUCUUAGCUGCUGUCUUUCCCGGGGGCCAUAGGCAGUUUCUUUCCUGAUUUUUGUUCUUAGUAGAGGACUGAGAUUCAGUGACCAGACUUCUGUCUCAGCUCUGAGGAAAACCUGCAGUAGUAACUGGGGAAAUGACGAUUCAUGGAGAUUGGUAGAUUUUUUUUCUCUCUGUUUUCUAAUUUAAACACUUGGGCAUGGAUAUGUGAGCCUAUAGUUCCGGCUGCUUGAGAAACUAAUGUUCAAGGAUCAGUUCAAAGCCAGCCUAGGCAUCAUAGUGAACCCUUCUCUUGGGUUUUUGAUGGAGUCUCUAGAAACCCAAGUUGGCCUUCCUCUUUGUGUAACCAAAGGUGACUUGAACAUGUAGCCUUUCUUGCCUUCACUCUCCAAAUGCUGGAUUACAGGCAUGUGCCACCAGCCACCAGCCACCAGCCACCAGCCACCAGCUACCACGUCUUAGCACAGCUCUGUCUUUUAAAUAAAAAACAAAGACAAAACAAAACACAAGAAUUUCAAUGCGGAGAAAAAAACUUAUAGUUUACAGCAAAAUAUACUGAUAUGUAGUGAAAAUCCUUUAAGGUAAUAUGAUUAUUUUCAUAGCCAGGUGUCGUUCCAGUGAUUCCACACUCAGGAGGCAGAGUCAGGUGGAUCUCUGAAUUCAAGGCCAGCCUGGUCUACAGAAUGAGUUCCAGGACAGCCAGGGCUGUUUCACAGAGAAACCCUGUCUCAAAAAACAAAACAGAAAUAUGGUUAUUUCCAAAGACUGUACAACUCAGUCUAUCAGAACUCUUAAACUUCAUAACAAUUCAGAAUUCCCUCAAUGCAUCAUUGCUUUCUUCUUAUUUAAUUAAUUCUAUUUCCAAAAUCAGUUAACAGCAUCAGAAGGACUAUGAGGGACCAACUCAAGGUCACUCUUCAGCUAGAUAGAGAGUUCAGGCCAGCCUGGGAUACAUGAUACCUAUCUCAGAAGUCCAAUAAAUAAAUAAAGAUCCUAUGUGUGCUAAGUAAGAGUAAUUGCAUGCUUACACCAAACAGUUUGCUAAAUGAUGACUCACCAUAAAAAACUGGGCCAAAUCCUGGGGUUAUUUUGGGGGGAGAAUAGGAGGCUCACAACUGAGCCCCAAGAAUCAUGGCUACCUUUCCUUUCCUCAUAGGCCCACAGAGGCUAUCAGUGCAAGGCUAAUUAUGUGGCACUAUAAUAGCUCCAUUGCAAGUAUUAGAGCACCCCUCAUUUCAGCCCUCUAUUUUCUCUCAAGUGGGCUAAUGUGAGGGUAAUAUUAUAGGUACUUCUUUUCUUUCUUCUCCAGCUUUUAUGAAAGGAUGCAUAGCACAAUGUAUCGGAAAGAUCUUUCUAUUUGAGACUCUUCUUUUAAUGGGCUCUUUAUUACAAUGAUAAUUAUACCUUUAUCUUUCAAAAGCCGAUGUUUCCUGCCUAAAGCAUCUCCCCCCAAAAAUAUCACAUUAAAAAGUCUGCAAAGAAUAGGGGAGAAGAGAGCCUUGGGUAUCAAUUCCAAACAGUGAUUGAAACCUCCCCAAAUAAUUAUAGCUUGUAUCCUCUACAGAGAUUAUCUGGCUUGGCUUACCCCAUAAUCUAAUUUCAGGAAAGAAAGCUUUAUUUCAACACUGAUCUAUGUCAACAUGAAAGCCUUCUCUUUCCCAGAGCUUGGCGAGAAAUUGAAUAUACUAUGUUGAAUUAAUGUCAUCAAAAGCAUACAGCUUUCCUGUGCUCCUGUCAAACCAAGCCCACCCUCCACUGCACUUUCUCCCCGUUAGCAGUGCGGUUUUCUUUGAAUCUGUGCACUUAGAAUGGAAUGAUAGAUUAAGGCAAGCAUACUUUUUAAGGACUGGUGACAAGUAGUUUCUGUUUUCUAAAGGACAACAGCAUAAAUUGUAUGUCUCAUUUUAAUUAAGCUUUCUUCCCUACGGAGCUGGAAGUCCCAGUGCACAUUCAUUGACCAUGGCUUCACAUGGGAAAUGCAAAGGAGGAAGUUAUGCCUUAUGCCAACUUUACUUGUAAUGUGAUGGAUUAUUUAGCUUUAGAUGUCCAUCUUUUUUUUUUUUGUAACUUCAACAGGAAACUACUAUAACUUCUAGGUCUAAAAGUAAUGUAGAGGAGAAAAUGACUGUUCUUCAUCUAUGGGCUAGCUACCUGAACACUUUAAGUGGGAAAUAAUUCUAUCUAUAAAUUUGUCCUUGUAUCUCAGGACAUUGAUGGAAAAGUAUUAUCUUGACUAUUUUAUAAUUUUUAGGGAAUAUAUGCAUCUAUUUUUCUUGACCUUUAAUAUAGCAAUAAAAAGCGACUUUUAAGCUU